GCUAAAAUUUUUCAUGAACGAAUACUUGUAUGCAUGGUAACACUCCCAUUCUUCUAAAUAUGUCCAAAGUAUUUGAAAUAAAGGCUUUCUCACAGUAAAUGACACCAGGCUCUGACUGAGAGGGUGUUGUGCUGAGGAACCACAAAAGGGUUUCAGAGGGCUGAGCAAGAGGUGACAUGGUGGAUAACAGUGCCCUGCAGCCAUUUCUGGAAUUUCUGGAAUCCAUUAACCUGGUGGCUCAGCAUUUCUGAGGCUGAGCAGUAGGUGUGUGGUGGGUGUGGGAGGGUGAUCAAAUCUCAGGGUUGGGAGAAAGACAUCCUGGCACUAUCGAUGUCCAACCAACCUGAAGCCACAGGUCUUGUUUAAGAGUAAAGGAGGCUUUUGCUUUGCACUUUUGGCUUUUUGCCUUGGUGAGUUUUUGAGAAGGAGGUAACAGCUAGUCUGGGUGUCUCUGCUUUGGAGGAAGAAGAUACUGGUGUCUGCAGCAUAAUCAGUCAUAUAAAACCAUAACCAAACUGUACAUCCCAUAGCUGAGAGACCCCUGUGGGUCUUAAUAUCCUCCCCUCACUCUCCUCUAAUACUUUUUCUACUUCAGUAAGCAAAUACUUUUGACAGGGCUGCUCCUACAAGGCUUCUCCGUCCUACUGCCACCAGCACCCCCAACCACUGAAGCACUCUGGUGCUGUCCCAACGCAAGAGUUAACGGUGACAUUUACAAUAGGAGCACUACAAACUAGGAGCACUAGUGAUGUUGUUGCUGCUGUUGUUUUAAAGACACACGGAGCAAAAGAGGAAUUUUCUCUCCAAGCGUCUUAUCAGAACACCUUCCAAGCACCUAAGCAGUCCCAUUUCAGAGCACCGGGCUUUUCCCCUCUGCCAAGAGCAACAGGGCAAACACGGCUCCCUGAGCACUGGCAGCCAGCUCCGGGCCAGGUCCAGCACCCGUGGGAAAUGGCUGUGGCUGAGUUUGGCGCGGUCCCACACUGCGCACCUGCAGGGUUGCCCCACACUGCGGGCCGUGCCGAGCUGAGCUGUGCCGAGCGGAGCCGUGCCGUGCCGUGCCGAUCCCUGCCGGGCGGUAGACGGUGGCUCAGCCGGGGCCGCCCCGGGGCGGCCGGCGAGCGUGACGGGGCUGGGCGGUGCCGUGCCCGUGCCGCGCGGCAAUGGAGGGUGCCGAAUCGUCCAGCUUGCUAGGGGAGCGCGGCCUUGGGCGGCUGGCCCAGUUCAAGACCUACCGGCGGCGGUGGUUCCUGCUGGCCGCCGUGUGCCUGCUGAACUGCUCCAACGCCAUGCUGUGGCUGACGUUUGCUCCUGUGGCUGAUAAGACAGCUGCCUACUUCCAUGUUUCCCUGGAGAUGGUCAACUGGCUCUCGAUAGUGUAUCUCCUCAUCUCAAUCCCAUUUGGUCUGGUGGCAACAUGGGUUCUCGACAGCGUGGGGCUCAGAUGUGCUGUGAUCCUGAGUGCGUGGCUGAACAUGACGGGUAGCAUCAUCCGGAUGUUCAGCAUCCUGGAGUUCCUGAGUUUGGGUUCCCAGAGGUACUGGUACCUGUUUAUUGGACAAUGCUUCUGUGCACUGGCACAGCCCCUUAUCAUCUUUUCACCAACAAAACUGGCAGCACUGUGGUUUCCAGACCACCAGAGAGCAACAGCAAAUAUGAUCGCAUCAAUGUCUAAUCCCUUGGGUAUUCUCAUAGCAAACGUGCUGUCACCUGCACUAGUUCAUGAAGGAAAGCACAUCCCAUUGAUGCUGGGUGUUUAUGCCAUCCCAGCAAUAACAGCCUGUGCUCUAGCUACUGUGGGGAUUCACGAGAAGGUUCCUCCAACGCCUCCUUCGGCCAGUGCCACUAACUCCACCUCCCAGCCAUUCCUCACGGGGCUCAAAAUGCUCCUGAGAAACAAGCCUUACAUCAUCCUGGCAGUGUGCUUUGGAGGAGGAAUUGGGAUGUUCACCUGCUUUUCAGCUCUGUUAGAACAGAUCCUUUGUGAAAAAGGAUAUUCAAAUGACUUUUCUGGCCUGAAUGGUGCACUGUUCACAGUAUGUGGUUUGCUGGGUGCUUUCCUGCUAGGCCUGUAUGUCGAUCGGACGAGGAAGUUCAUAGAGUCCACCAAGAUUUGUUUCUGUCUGAGUGCACUUGCCAGCAUUGUGUUUGCAGUGACUUCUCGGUUCAGACAUCAGGCCAUCAUGCUGGCCAUCACCAGCUCACUCUUUGGUUUCUUCAGUUUUGCCAUCUACCCCAUUGCCAUGGAGCUGUCCGUGGAGUGCUCCUACCCUGUGGGAGAGGGUACAUCUACAGGCCUGAUUUUUGUCACAAGCCAGAUUGAAGGUGUGGUUUUAAUGAUUCUGCUACAAGCCUUCACCGUGCGUGUUUCUGAGGAUCCAUCCUCUACCUGCGCCCUUGACCAGGAUGGAGCCCUGGACUGGACAACUCCAGUACUGGUGCUGGCUGGCCUCUGCAGUGCUAUGGCUUGCUUCUACGUCAUCUUCUUCCACACUGACUACAAGAGGCUCCAUGCUGAGACAAACGGUGAUUUGAUCAAGGCAGAAGAUGAAGCAAUAGAAGAUGUUCCUGAAGCCUAACCAAGCCAAAAAGAGGAUGCCAAGGGCCCAGUAAGGGAAGGACUCAGACCUGUGGGCAGGAACCAUCACUGCAAAUGCUCAUCUGGCAGACUAGGAUAACUGGGUUCUGUUCCAUGACAGACAAGGGCUAGAGCAGAGUCACUGAGGCAACUUUGCUGUGGUUCCCUCAAUCUUGUAUUUACUUGUGAGUCUGAGCUGUAAGAAAGGCUGUGCUACCAGAAAGGUCAAAGUGGGACUGGACAACAAUGCAGGUAACGGAUUUUUAGCUGAUUCAAGCUCAAGAAAUGUUGCAGAGGAGAGGAGCAUCAUAUCUCAGACAUUUUUUCAUUUUAAUGUACUUGGAUCAGUGGUGAAGAUUUCAGAGGGGUAGAAGCCAUGCCUAUCACAAACGUAGUAGAAAACUUCUGUUUAAGGGCUGUGGUUCUUGUACACCCUAACAACUCUUCCACUCAAAAGUUAGAGCUAAUUGUGCCUCUUAGCUGAGGGGUGGUAGGAGCUAGAGCAUCCUUCCAUUGCAGCAAGGAAGCAUAAGUAUGUGAUUCGUAAUACAAGUCUGUUGCAAUGAGCUACUCUGUCCUCUCUUACAAACAAGAAAAGAAAAUCCCUACCUGCAGUGCCACCUAUAAAAGAAAGUAUCAGUCAGCAACAGAAGUUAAAUAUGGCAGUAUUGCUCAUGCUUCUAGUCCCCUGCCAGAUGCUGAGCCAUUCAGGACAAGCUGUUUUACUUGGUUUUCUGUUGUUUCUCCACCUCUCCUGUAAUUCUAGUGGUUUAAAUUUUCCACAGGAAGACACACCUGCUAGUGUAAGAUUAGGAUGGUGUACCCUCCCCAGGCCAAGUUAUGCUCUCGUAGGGAAACACUGAGAAGGGCAGCUCACUUUUUGGGGAUGCCACAGCAGUGCCUGGUGUGGUGGAGGCUGGCAGAAGAACUGGCAAAGAUGACCACUUAUAGAGAAUGCAGGGACCUGUCCUAAGUUUCUGCAGAUGAUAGGGGCUUUUUGGGGAAGACCAAGUAGGGAACAACAUGAACAAGCACCUUCCAGUUUUCUCUGCAACUGACAGCUAUGCUUCAGUGUUAGAAGAGACUGGGUAGUGACACAAAAAAAUCCCAUCUGAAGUUCAGUUACCCUAACAAUUGCAAUGGGUACAACUGGAUUUUUUGUUUUACAGUACUUCCACAGCAGUCCAGUGUCCUGCUUUGGUGUCCAGGUCUAGAUGUACAACCUGAGAACUUUUUGCCCUAUACCAUUUCAGUGGUAAAAAAAAUGAGAGACACUGUACAGAGGAGCUCUCAGUUCCUGAAUUAUCUUCCCCAUUAACAAGUGGAAAUCCUUCCCUUUGUAAAACACCUAGCUGCAUCUUUGUAGGGAGCCUGCUAGUUCCUACAGCUCCAGCCUUGCUUUCACCAAUAAGCACUGAUGUUUGUCAAAAGGGGCAAGAAGGAAGUCUGAAUCUGAGGUGAAACAAGAUCAGUUUGGACAUGUCAGAGGAAUGAGAUUAGAUGUCUUUUGCAAAACUAGCUGGUCAGUUCUGCAGCUCUGGACCUAAUACACCAAACAGAUUAACACCAAAUUUACCUGCCACUCCUGAAUCCUACUAUACUGGGAAGCAUGAAGCACUUGGUACUUUAUACUUUUAUAUAUUUACAAAUGCCUAUGUUUUUAAAUAAAGGGUGAUUUAAGAAAAUAUUAAUAUUUUCUCACUAUAUUAAACUUUAAAAACUAUUUUAUAGAUGCAAUGGUGCAUCAGAUUGCUAUGUAGCACAAAUCAAAGGUCUCUGUAUGUGCCAGAUGUGCAUUAAGUUGUGUUCAGAAUAAUGAUGUAUAGUGGUAUCUCAGAUCCUUAAAAUGACACUGUAAAAUUAGCUGUAGGUUAAACUACAGUUAGCUCUAUUUUGAAGGGUAGGUUAAAAGAGUGAGGAAAUAAUACUAGCAAAUAUCUCCAAAAUCUGCUGUUGCCCUAAUCAGAGAGGCUGCCUUGCACCAGCUAACUCUUAUCUUUAUCCAAGCAUAUAAAAGAGAUUUGAAAGGGGAGAUUUUUGUCUCUACUAAUGCAUGAGACAUAUAAAUGUGUAAGGCUAAUUCUGAAUUGUUAAUGUGUAGUUGCUCCUCCACUAUACAGUUUGCAUACCCUGGCAGCAUGCCACAGAAGUGGUGUGGCACUGCUAACAGUGAGGCCAGGUAGCUCACACAAAUACCUACUGUUGGAAGUGUGGGAAAAGCAAAACAGCAAAGAAACUGUAAAACACACAUUUCCUUAACACAUGGUGCCUAGAACAAACAUGGGUCAGGAUGAAGAUCCGGUGAUUUGUAUUGUCAUGGCACCAAGGAGGAAUGUGAAGCAAGGUGGAGGCCACACAGUCCUGUUCUUCCACUUUUCUCAAGGAAUGUUUUGACACAACUAUAUAGAUUUAUCUCCUGGUCUUCCGCUUUUCCCAAGGGACGUUUUGCACAACUCUGCAGACACUAUCUCCUGUGCUUCCUCUUUUCCUACAACUGCCUGCUUUUCCCACAACAACUCCGUGCACGUUGCACCAAGAAAUGUGCUGUGUCGUUACUCAAGAAACAAUGGAUUGACCACAGUCCCACCCACUCAUGCAUACACAUUUAGAUAAAUACUCCCCCAAGUUUGUACUCAGAGGGACAAUAAUCCAACACCAAAUUGGGGGGACAGAUCAAUGAGUUUGUUCUCCUUACUGGCCCACCCCCAGCAGGGACACCUUUUGGUAAGAUUUAUGCCCGCAGCUACUCAGGAAUUAAGUGUGUGAUUGCAAUUUUUUGUGUGUAGUGCUAUACAGCCAACCUGCAGUUUGUGCAUUUACUGUAGGCAAUCUCAAAGAAUCUGUAGAUGUUGCAUAAUAAUAAACCGUACUAUUUGCAUA